AUGGUGUUUGGGUUCCUCAAAAAAAUCAAAAAGGCAUUCAAGAAGAAAUUACCUUAUAUCUUGGUUAUAGUACAGCCACAUCCGGAGCUGUCGGAAGCGAUCUGCGGCCAUCAAGCCACUCCUUUCCACUACGACAUCGUCACUCUUGAGAACACGCAAAUUAAUACGGAUGAAUCAGACGAUGGACCCAGCUUCUACUGCAUGAUCGGCGGCGAGGACGUCAAGAUCCAUCUUCCGCCUUUUGAAAUCCUGCGUCAGCUGGAGAAGGAACAGACACUGGUCGACGCGGUCAUCCUCGACUACAAGAUGAGAACUGGCAUGGUUCAGCAGGAGGACAUAGAUGAGAUGAGCGAGGCGGAACCUGGUAUCAUAUCGGACUCGGAGUGGGGUACGAUCGAUACUGAUACGCCAUCCGCCGAAUGGGAGCACGGCUAUGGCGGAUAUCUUUGUGACUCCGGCUGGCCCAAUUCUCAGUGGGAAUCCACCUCUCGAGUCGCCUCAUCGAGUUCAUCGGAGUUUCCAAUGAGGACGAUGAACGGGCGUAACAGCGAGCAACAUGACUGUCACGAGGAUGUACUCGAGGGCGGUCGCCGCAACUUGGCCAUUGCAUCCCAGCUCUCCUCGUCCUCGCUGGUCCAGGUCCCCACAAUGCUGUCUCGCAACAAUGAACCGGACAGAAUAGACUUCGAGCUGCUGGAGCUGGCAAUGGAGUCGCUGGUGCGAUUGCAGGAGCUCCUGGAUGAGGCAUCGGAGGGAGAGAUGAAGGAUAUCUAUGCAGACGUCCUCGGAGCGGAGGGCAAUGGGGUGGCCAACUAA